GCCAGGGCCUCGCGAUCGUUAUCAGACUAGCACGAGGCUAACCUGGCAACAAAGCUAACGGUCUGGGAAUGCUAAGCGUUAGCCACCUGUUUUGAUUCAGCGAUUCCAUUGUUGAAUGUGUUUAGAGCUAAAUAAGCAACACAUUGAGCUGGUAAACAGAGACUGCCGUAACCCUGAAUGAAUCAUGGCCCAAUUCGGGGGACAGAAGAAUCCGCCGUGGGCAACUCAGUUUGCUGCCACAGCUGUGUCUCAACCAGGUCACUCAGGACAGUCCCUUGACCUCAACAGCCUGCACUCUCUUGGGGUGCAACAGCCGUCUCUUCUAGGAGCGUCUCCCUCCUUUUACUCUCAGCAGUCAGCCUUGGCUGCGGCGUCUCUUAGUAACCAGUCUGCUGCAGCAAACUAUCAGCUGUCUCAGCAAACUGCUGCGCUGCAGCAGCAAGCUAACGCAGCCGCUGCCGCUGCGGCAGCUCUACAGCAGUCUCAGAUAAAUUCAGCACUUCAGCAGUAUCAGCAGCAACAACAACAACAACAACAACAACAACAACAACAACAGCAGCAGCAGCAGCAGCAGCAACAGCAGCAGCAGCAACCACCUCAGCAACUGUAUAAUGUACCUCAUCAGCUUCCUCAGCCUCAGCAGGCGCUGAUCUCUCAGCCCCCCGUCGCACUGCCCACCAGCCUGAGCUUGUCCAACCCUCAGCAGACGGCCCAGAUUACUGUGUCGUAUCCAACACCACGUUCAAGCCACCAACAGCAGACGCAGCCACAGAAGCAACGGGUCUUCACUGGUGUUGUCAAUAAGCUACACGACACGUUUGGCUUUGUAGAUGAAGACGUCUUCUUUCAGCUAAGUGCUGUGAAGGGGAAAACUCCCCAGGUCGGUGACAGAGUCCUGGUAGAAGCUGUGUACAACCCUAAUAUGCCCUUCAAGUGGAACGCCCAACGCAUCCAGACUUUACCUCAGUUGACAAAUCAGUCGCUUCAGCAGCAGCAGCCUUUACCUCAAGCUUCCCAACAGCUCGGCAGCCUUUACAGUGACCAUGGAAUGCAGCUUCGCUACACAGAUAUGCACUCUGCUAUGGACAACAGACAAAAUAACCAGGGUCAGGCUUCUAACAUGAUCAAGUCGGCUCCAACCAUGAUGCAGUCGAUACCUCCACCAACUACUUUCAGUGUUCAGGCACAGGCUCCUCCAACCUCCCUACUGCAAGCCCAGCUUUCUGCUGCCUCUCUGGCCCCUCUCCUCCAGAACCCCCCUCAGCCUCUGCUCCCACAGCCUCCGACCAAAGAUGUAUUUGCAAGUGGUCUUCUGCAGCCCCCUGUAAGAAUAAUGCCCCAGCCGCAGAACAUCAGACGAAUGGAGCCUCAAACUCGUUUCCCUACUCGUGGCGAUCGAGGUCCUGAGCUCAUCCUCAGGAAUAAAGAAGAACGCAGCAGAGCCAGAGACCGCGAGCGGAGGCGAUCUAGAGAACGUUCUCCCACCCGCAAACGCUCACGAGACCGCUCCCCAAGACGGGAACGCUCCCCAAGACGUCCUCACAGGGUCGCUCCACGCUACACAGUCCAGUUUUCCAAGUUCAGCUUAGAUGGCUCCAGUUGUGACUUGAUGGAGCUGAGGCGGCGCUAUCAGAGUCUCUACAUCCCCAGUGACUUCUUUAACGCAGUCUUCACCUGGGUGGAUGCCUUCCCUCUUACAAGACCCUUCCUGUUUAGUAACGCCUGUAACUUUCACAUCUUGCACAAAGAAGUAGACCCUCCAGUGAAAAACGCAGCUGUGCUGGACCCUCCUGAUGUUAAUCACACCUACAGUGCUAAGGUGAUGCUGCUUGCUAACCCUAGUUUAGAGGAGCUUUAUCACAAGUCGUGUGCUCUGGCUGAGGACACUCAGGAAGUCAGAGACUCCUUUCAACAUCCUGCUAGGCUUAUUAAGUUCUUGGUGGGCAUGCGAGGUAAAGACGAGGCUAUGGCCAUUGGGGGUCAUUGGUCUCCCUCUCUGGAUGGAGCCGACCCAGAGAAGGAUCCAUCGGUCCUAAUUAAGACAGCCAUACGCUGUUGCAGGGCACUCACAGGCAUAGACCUUAGUCUGUGCACUCAGUGGUAUCGUUUUGCAGAGAUUCGCUAUCAUCGGCCGGAGGAGACACACAAGGGGCGGACAGUCCCUGCUCAUGUGGAGACAGUGGUUUUGUUUCUUCCGGAUGUUUGGCAUUGUCUUCCUACCCGCUCAGAGUGGGAUGUGCUGUCACGGCGACUCCAGGAGCAGCUGGCUGAGAAGCUGUCGGCCGAGCGAAAGGAGGCGGAUGGAGAACAGGAGGAAGAGGAAAAGGACGAAGAGGAAUCUAAAGAUGUCACCAUUCCAACUCACUGGACUAAACUUGACCCGAAAUCAAUGAAGGUCAACGACCUGCGUAGAGAACUUGAUUGUCGCUCUGUGAGCUCAAAGGGAUUGAAAUCACAGCUCAUAGCUCGCCUCACCAAGCAGCUGAAGGUGGAAGAGCAGGUGGAGGAGGCCAAAGAGCCCGAGAAACCAGAAACUAAAGUCGCAGAGGAAGAGGAGCCACCUCGGCCUGAGGAUGACAAAGAGGACGAUGAAAAGAAGAAGCUGGAAGAGCUUGAGCGUCAGCGGAGAGAAAGGCGCUACGUCCUCCCCGAUGAGCCCACCAUCCUCGUCUACCCCAACUGGGCUGCCAAGAAUGGCAAAUUUGACUGCAGCGUCAUGUCCCUCAGUGUGCUGCUGGACUACAGACUAGAAGACAACAAGGAGCACUCUUUUGAAGUUUCCCUGUUUGCUGAGCUGUUUAACGAGAUGCUGCAGAGAGACUUUGGCUACCGCAUCUACAAAGCGCUUGCUUCUUUGCCUGCAAAGGACGAGAAGAAGGAAAAGAAGGCCAAAAGGGAGGUAGAUAAGAAGGACGCGGAAAAACGUGAAUUAAAAAAGGAAAAAGAGGAUGAGAGUGAUGAGCCAGCAGUAAAAAAGAACAAAGAUGAUGACGAGGAGAAAAGAAAGUAUGAUGACAAAACCAUCAAAAAGGAGGAGUCUCGGGAUGAGGAUGAAAAUGAAGACGAGGGUAGCACAGCUAAUGCUGAUGAAUAUGACCCCAUGGAGGCUGAAGAUGAUGAUGAUGAUGACGAUGAUGACAAAGACGACGAAGACUCCAAUGACCGAGACAGAAGAGAGCGCAGAGAAGACCGCAGACCGUCGAAGGAAAGAUCCUCUAAAGACAAGGAGAAGAAACAGAUGGUGACCCAGAACAGGGACCUGCUCAUGGCGUUUGUAUACUUUGACCAAAGCCAUUGUGGCUAUUUGCUCGAGAGAGACGUAGAAGAUAUCUUGUACACACUGGGCCUGCAUCUUUCUCGCGCACAGAUAAAGAAGCUUUUGAACAAACCUGUGGUUAGGGAGUCUUGUUACUACCGAAAACUGACAGACAGGGGAAAGGAUGAAGUCGCGCCCUCCUUUAAUGAAGCCCAUAUAGAAAACCUCACAGGUAACCGAGCACUGCUUCCUAGUCCGAAAGCUUGUGCUUCGUCAGAGGCCAGUGAGUCAGGUAAUCUGAUCGUGUACAACGGCGCCAUGGUGGACGUCGGCAGCAUGAUGCAGAAGCUUGAGAAGAGCGAGAAGGCCCGAGAGGAGAUCGAGCAGAAGCUUAUUACUCAGGAUGCCAAAAUGGAGGAGGAUGCAAAGGUUACAGGUCAUUUAGAGCAAGCCAACCAAGCCCUAACCAAGGAGCUCGAGGAGGUGACAAGCACCCUCAGCCGAACUGAAGAGACGCUCAGAGCUGUGAAGCAGCAGAAAACCAUCUACUAUGACCUGAUGAGCACGUCAGCCAACUCCUUGAUGACCACAGUCAAUGGGCUUUUGGAUGUACUAAAGAAGGAUCAAAUAGGUGGAUCUGGGCUGAAUGCUGCAGGCAAUCAGAUUCAGACAUCUCAGACCAACGGCGCUGAUGAUUAACUUUCUGAUAAAUGAAGCCAACCUGGAAUAUUGGUUUUAAAUUGUAAAUAUUCCCUGAAAGUGUCACUUGAAGUCUGUUUUCAUUUGAGCCUUUUGUCUCCCAAGUAUGUGUAUAAUUUAACAGAAGUUUAGAUCCCCUGCGUGGAGUUGACUCCCUUUUUGUUAACUUUUCCUAAUGAGUGGUUUUAACCAGGACAAAGCAUUGAAGUGCUUAUUUUCAAUCUGUCUUAGGUUCAGUUGCUAACAUUUUGUUUUGCCGUUGCUUUAGCUUUGUCAAGGCCAUUGAAGUGCCGUAUUGUGGAUUUAAAUGCCAGUAUGUCUGAGUGGUACUUAAGUUGAUUUUUAAUUUUUUUUUUUUUUUUUUUCUUUACAAGCAAUAAUUAUGCUAUUUAUGUGUUGGAGAAUUCAGAAAACUAUAAUAAAAAAUAAAGUGAUUGGAGUGAGGAUCUUCUUGUGGUUUGGUUAAGAUUUCUUUCCCCCUCCAUGGUUUGCCUCUUUGAUGUUUAACAUUCAGUUUGUAGUUCAUCUGUUUGACUAGUUUAUCAGGUUUCUGCUGUUUUUAUUAACACACAUGGCUAUGCAUGGCUUCUGCCUCUUUUGGACCUUUGUUCUGACCGUCUCCAUCCACUGACUGCUCUGCCAGCAUCUGCUGAUUUUCUGAUGAAAGGAAACUAGACAUGAACCCAAAGUUAAUCUUAAUGAAUGUGUGUUCAGCUAAAGGAAUGAGUCUCAAAAUUUUGACAUCCAUCUCUGAACUGUGUGUUGGGUUCGGUUGUUUAUAAGAAUAGAAAGGAGGCUUGAUUACAUUUAAUGUUCUCUGAAGUAGGCAAUUUUAUUUUUCUAUUGACAAUGUACCUUCUGGAUGUCUUGUGCAAGAGUAAAGUGGUCCUUUUAACACUA